UUCACAAUUUAAAUUUUAUGAUCGACAUUUCUUGACAUCAAUAUCUGUGCAAAAAGCUUGAGGCCUGUGAGAAAACAAAGUGUUAUCAGUGUUAUGUUAGUGUAUUCACGACAGGCGUGAUUCAGUGCUGAUAGUGAGUGAGACGUGAGUGAUAGGCCUAACGUGUUUGUAAAUGGUCACGUGACAAAGCGAUCAGUCAGUGUAUAUACUAAUGUUAUUGUCAAAGUGAUCAAACUACGAAUUAUCAAUUUUUAGGUUAUAUUAAUUUUUUAUAUACCCUGUGGUAGCUAAUGUUAAUGCUCAAAUGUUUGCAAUCCUUAUUUAGCUAUUAAUUGUUCUACUUAAGAGAACAUUUGUAAUUGUACAAUAAUUACUGAAAAAUAAUUCGAUUCUGCUCCUUGAAUGGCGAAUAUUCCAAAUGACCAAGAAUCCUGUAUAUAAUUAGACCUUUGUGAUCUUAUUUGCUAUUUACUACGAUGUCAUCUUCGACUAGCAACAAGAAAGAAUCCUUUGAAGAGUUUUAUUCUGAGGUUAAGGAAAUAGAAAAAAGGGAUUCAGUUUUAACUCCUAAGCAACAAAUUGAAAGGUUACUUCGGCCAGGAUCUACCUAUUUUAAUUUAAAUCCAUUUGAAGUCCUGCAAGUAGAGCCAGAUGCCUCUCUUGAUGAAAUUAAAAAAAAAUAUAGACGUCUUUCAAUUCUGGUACAUCCUGAUAAAAAUAUGGAUGAUCUCGAGCGAGCUCAACAGUCAUUUGAGAUAGUAAAUCGAGCAUGGAAGACCUUGGAAAAUGAGGACACAAGAAAGAAAUGCCUGGACAUUUACCAAGAAGCAAAAGAAAGGACUGAACACAUGAUCGAACAGAAACGCAAGAAACAAAGGAAAGAAGGCCGUAGUGAUGAGCCGAUACCAGAAGACGAUCCAGAUAAAUUUAAGCAUGCUGUCUAUGUUAUGACUAUGAAGCUUUUUGCUGAUAUGGAGAGAAAGAGGCAACAUCUAGAAACAAGAGACAUGGAAGAGAGAAAAAGAAAACGAGAAUCGGAAAUCGAGCAAGAGGAGCAAAUGUCUUUUGAGAAAGAGUGGGCUAAGAACUUUGAAGAGUCUCGUCAAAACCGCGUGGACAGUUGGAAAACCUUUCAAUCGUCAAGUGGAAAAGAGAAGAAAAAGAAGAAAAUUAUGGGGUUCAAACCUCCUAAACCAAAACCUGAGAGUAGAUAAGAUUUAGUUGUCUUUAAAUAAUUUUAACUGUAUUUUAUUAAGGUAGGAAUAAGGAUUUUGUCUGAAUAAAACAUACUGUGGAAUUGAUAAAUAUAGUUUCCGAUUACACACUGAGUGAAAUCGUAAAUAAAAACACUUUUUAACACUGAUUUAUUGACGAUUCAGUCAGUAAAUACUUUAGUUAAAUCACUGUAUAAUUUAUAUAGUUUUUUUGAUUAUUAGACUUUUAUUACACUUUGUAUUAAAAUUCGCGUAAUUGUAAUUUUUUUCAACUACCCUCAUUUUUUAUUUAAUAUAACAAUAUCAGUGUUAUGUUUUUGUUAAAACGAAGUACUUAUAGAAAAUUCCUAAGGCAUGUCAUUAUAAUAAUGUUAUUUAAAUAAAAGCAAUAAUUUUAAACAAAGAAAUGUUCUACUAAAUACCUUCCAGCCUUUUAAUAAUCUAAGAAUAGUAUAAGGUAAGUGACACAUUUUUGCGUCUUAUUACAGAGUUAGAACCUUGUCACAUUAAUCAUCUAACUGUGUGUGAUCGGCCAACCGAGUAGUAGUCGAUUUUCAGGUCACAUUCACAAGUACAGUGAUAAGGGCAGGGGUCAGACUGUAAAAAAAUAAAGUCUCAAUAUAUUAUAUUGAAUUGACUGGUAGUACACUUUCAAUAGAUAUUGACUUCAAUAUCGUCGGUAGUCGUAGUAGUUAAAGUAAGGCCAAACAGGCCAUACUCUAACCUUCCUUAAUAUAAGUUAAGGUAAGUUCAUUAAAAAAAUAAACUUGCGUAAUCAUUUCUGUACUUUAAUUUUUAAUAAGCAUAAACACAAAAAUACUUAACCAACAUUCUCUGGGUGCUCAUUCAAAUCAAGACACACACAAAAUAUUGACGAGAUCUCAAAGAACACGAUAUAUAUCGACCUUCUGAACUCUGCCAUAAGCAAGUGUUAAGCACACAUAAAAAUACAAGUUUUAAAUUUAUUGAUACAUGAAUCGAACGGAACUUGAGAAUUAUUAAACCACUGAGUCAAUCCCAUUUGUAUGUUUUAAUAUAAUAUAUAAUAUUGCAAUUAAGUAAAUUCAUUUAAAUUCAAAUUUACUGAGGCUGAAGCUUAUAAAAUAUUAUUAGGUAAAGAGUAUUAGGCAAGACACUACUUUGUAUAUUUUGUUUUCUAUUUAUCUCUAAUAGAUGGCGCUGCUUAAAUAAUAAAAAAGUAUAUGCAGCUUUAUCGAAAUGUCACAUAUAGAUUUUAAUUUACGUAGUCACUCGUUACCUACUAUUUAAUUUUAUCAAAAUUAACCUAAUAAUGUUUAAGAUAAAAGUUUUUAAUAUUCUACAGACAAGAUAUACUAACUAAAUAUUGCUAAUUCAUAAACUCAGCUCAAAAUAACUUCAACAUAAAAGAUGUUGAAUUGAUUCUAGAUUUAUAUUUACUACCAGUUUGUAAGUCAAGAAACUCUCCGCCACUCUUUUUAAUCACCAAGUUUUGAGUCAUACAAAUUGUUUAAAUAUUCGUCACAUGAUUAAUUUUUUUAAAACUCAA